AUGCCCGGGGUUACUUACCUCAGCCGUUCCCGGAACCGGGUUAUAGAUGAAGAGGUUCUUCACGUCAAUCGAAGAAAAGCUACUGCUGCUGCUUCUGUUGUGCCCAUCCUCGUCAACAAAUCCAGAGAGCAACCCGUUCCGACGAUGUGCGAAUACAUCAUGCUGAGGUGGUUCUGCGACGAGUGCGGAGCAUGGUACACCAGCGAUGAGGUCAAAACCAAGGAUUGUGAGACAUUCACCUCCACAGGCUCGUGUGACAAGAAAGACAUUGUAGGAAAGGAAGAGUCGGAUGCCGGUGGUCUCUGCGACGACUGCACACAGGAGCAUAAUGGAGAUGCUUAG